GGGGUGGACGGGGCGACCCUUGGGGGCCUACGCGCGGGCGGGACCGCGGCUCCCGAGCACAGCACCUUGGGAGGGGCAGGGGCAGGGGAAGGGCCCCGCAGGUCCGGGGUCAACUCGGGAGUCAGGACGUCGCGGGUAGGGCAGGGGCACCGGGUCCCGAGGAGGUCGGAGGUCAGAGUACGCCAGGGGUUCGGGAGAUCGAGGGCCGGCUCCCGCACCCCGCUGCACAUGGGCGGCCCUAGCCUGCAGGCCGCGCUGCUGAGAGCCUGGGCACGGUGCACGGCGCGUCCCGGCUUGCGCGCCCGCUGGCUCUCCCUGAUGGCGGGGAAGGAGGCGCCCCCCGCGCCGGCCGCGCCCCCGUCGGACAGGAAGGCUCGUGGGGCCCGGGUCUGGGAGGAGGCGCAGAAUCCCCCCAAGAGAGUCCGGGGCAGCGAGGUCGAGGAGCAGCCGCGAAAGCUGCCCAAGCGCAAGAUCGUGCUGCUCAUGGCCUACUCGGGGAAGGGUUACCACGGCAUGCAGAGGAACCUGGGGUCCUCACAGUUCAAGACAAUUGAAGAUGACUUGGUGUCCGCACUGGUCCGGGCGGGCUGCAUCCCUGAGAAUCAUGGUGAAGACAUGAGGAAGAUGUCCUUCCAGCGCUGUGCCCGCACUGACAAGGGUGUGUCUGCAGCCGGCCAGGUCGUGUCCCUGAAGGUGUGGCUGAUCGACGGCCUUCUGGACAAGAUCAACAGCCACCUUCCGUCCCACAUCCGAGUUCUGGGGCUGAAGCGGGUCACAGGCGGCUUCAACUCCAAGAACAGGUGUGACGCCAGGACCUACUUCUACAUGCUGCCCACCUUUGCCUUUGCGCACAAGGACCGGGAUGUGCAGGACGAGACGUACCGCUUGAGCGCGGAGACGCUGCAGCAGGUUAACCGGCUGCUGGCCUGCUACAAGGGCACCCACAACUUCCACAACUUCACCUCGCAGAAGGGGCCUCGAGAGCCCAGCGCACGGCGCUACGUGCUGGAGAUGUACUGUGAGCCGCCCUUCGAGCGCGAGGGCCUGGAGUUCGCCGUGAUCAAGGUGAAAGGCCAGAGCUUCAUGAUGCACCAGAUCCGGAAGAUGGUAGGGCUGGUGGUGGCCAUCGUGAAGGGCUACGCCCCUGAGAGCGUGUUGGAGCGCAGCUGGGGCGAGGAGAAGGUGGAUGUGCCCAAGGCACCGGGGCUCGGCCUGGUGCUGGAGCGGGUGCACUUCGAGACCUACAACCAGCGCUUUGGUGGGGAUGGGCUGCACGAGCCGCUGGACUGGGCGCAGGAAGAGGCCCAGGUGGCGGCCUUCAAGGAGCAGCACAUCUACCCCACCAUCAUCAGCACCGAGCGGCACGAGCGCUCCAUGGCCCAGUGGCUCAGCACCCUGCCCGUCCACGACUUCAGUGCCACCGCGCUCGCUGCCAGUGCUGCCGCCGCAGGCUCUGGCAUCCAGGACCCCAGCUCCAUGGAUGGCAGUGACCAGGACACAGACUGAGCCCCUGGGACUGCAAGCAACCUCUUGACUCCAGAGCCAAGGAUUCUGGGCCUGCCUGUCAGGCCAGCUUCACCACCUCAGGACCGUGCCGUCUGUCACAGGACAGCCCGCCUUACUCGUCGGUGCAUCAGUGUGUGGGCCUUGGUGGCCCAGGCUGGCCUCCAACUUGCAGUGAUCCUCCUGUCUCAGCUUCCUGAGUGCUGAGAUUUUCUUAUUAAAUAUGUAUGUUUAUUUA